UUUGUGGUGGCAGUCAAGAAAUCGUCAGCAUGGUCCGCAUCGUCUGCAACAAGUUCCGCGCGUCGUCGCUCUUCGCCGCGGCCCCGAAGCUCAUCAAGGGCCUCCCCGUGCACGCGAUCAAGAUCGCUGAGCCGACGGUCUCGGUCACCAAGGUCGCUAAGUCGGUCGCCUUCAAGCGCACGAUCGCCCACGCCACGAGCGCGACCCGUGCUGUGCCCAACGUCGAGAAGGCCUUCACGCGUGCUGCCUUUUAAAUGUUACCCUAGACAUGGCGAGCCCUUUAACCAUUCGUUCGGUCAACAAGGGCCUCGUACUUCUCUUCC